GGUCCGAAAGCCUCCCGGAUGCCCAGCUAAAACCAGCCAACCUCUUUUGUUCUGCAGCGGCCGGGCUGAGAGGCUUCCCAGCAGACGCUCAUCUCUUCCCCACCCGCUGCCGGCCCAGUGAAAUCCUCCACUGCCGCAGAUCACAAUGCAAAACAGUGAUGUUCCUGUAGCUGAUUGCCCUCUUGUUCCUGGUGCCCAAUGGAGCCAUCUCACAGGUGGCAAGUCUGCAAGGGUGAUGGGCAUCCAGCAGAGCUGCAGGCAGAAGCUCAGGUAUUGGUGCCAGCAGAGAAUAGUUGGCCGAGACUGGAAAACCAUGGUGGCAACACGCUUGAGAACCAGGUGAUAGAAAGUUACCCCCCAGUGCCUUGGAACCACUAUACGCAGGCCCCACUCAGCAGUGAUGUCACGCAGCACCAACUGGCUACAGAAGACAGGCCACCCCACCCUGAGAUCUACAGCAUUGCUCUGUGGGGUCCCAAGCUGCAUUCUGCACUGACUAGACACAGAGGAGGAAGGUCAAAUACGCAAGCCUCUGCUCCAAACUCUAAGCACCUAGGUCCAGCAGGAGAGGGCAAUACCACUGACGAGGGAUCCCUGGUGCUGAUUGAUGCAGAAGGGGUGCCCCACACUGUGUCACAAGAGGAAGUGGAACUGGCUGGACAAAUGCAGUCUUCGGAACCCGAGUUGCUGGCUUCUGCUCCACCACCACGACAGCUGUAUUUCUGCCCCAUUUGCCUGCGGACGUUCCUCUACCAGUCUGACCUGGAGCGUCACAGCAUCACCCACUCCGAGAGCAAGCCGUACGUAUGCCACGAGUGUGGCAAGGCCUUCAAGCGUUCCUCACACCUUCAGCGGCACAAGCACAUCCACACUGGUGAGCGGCCCUUCAACUGUCCCGUCUGUCGCAAAGGUUUCCGGGAAUCUGGUGAACUGUUGCGUCACCAGCGGGUCCAUACUGGGGAGAAGCCCUAUCAAUGCCAGAUCUGUCGACUGCGCUUUACAGAACGCAACACCCUCCGCCGGCAUGCUAAGCGCAAACAUGCCCGUGAGACCUACUAUCAACGCUCUGUGGAGGAAGGAGGGGGCAGUUGGACUACGGUGGGGGACUGGGAAUCCGAAGUGAUGGUGGGAAGCGGGGACUGGGCCACAGAGGAACUUGGGAGUGGCUGGAGCAGUGAACCAGUAGAAGACUGGGUUGGGAGUGGGAAUCACUGGAGGGAAGCUUCAGAAAGGGAGGUAGGAAGCCUGCCUGGAACCGUGACACAAAUGUUACAGAUGGAGCACAUCAAAGAUAAAGACAAACCUGAGAUUCAACCCCCAUAAACAUGCAGAAGUGGGGAAGACAGACCAGGACAGUGAAGAAUCUGCAAAUAUGUUUAUCCUACAGUUAUCUGUUGGGACUUUAAAGUUGCAUUGAAACAUUUCUCUGAAAGAAAGGGCAUGAAACUAAAGGAUCUUCUAGAACUGUUCUAUAUUGUUAAAGCCCUUCAAAUGACACCAUAUGGGCAUCACCAAAGACUAGAGAAGACUGCCCCGUUCAACAAUUGUACCACAAUAUUCAGAGCUGCUAUGAAGAGAGGGGAACAUUUCAUGUUUUUAAUUCUUUCGCAGGCGGAAAUGAGACUGAGAAUACUGUUUUCUUAAGUUUCCUAUGCUUUCCUGACGAAUUGGUACAGUUGUGUUCCUCUCAACAAUUGUACAAAACAAAAUAUUGAUAUAUGAUGAUCCUCUGUAAAAUGAAUUACCCUCCCUACACACCUGAGCUGCUAUUUGUUUUGUUUUCCUUUAAACUCCAUAUCCCUGCAACGGGGCAUAUUCUGUUUGCAAACAAUUUAAUGAAUUAACAUAUGCAAAACAGUGCUGACCUUUUUUCUUUCUUCUUAUUCCACUUUAAUCAAGGUGAGGGAUUUAGAUUUCUCUUUCCAUUCUCUAUAGCCCAUAGCUAUAGCUUGGGCCUAGAACAGCUUUCCUAAUCUCGUGUCCUCUGAAAUUAUCCACUCUAAUUUCCAUACUUCUUCCGGCGAUGUUAGCAGCCAAAAUCUCUGGAGGGCUCUUGGUUUAGGAAGGUUGAACUAGAGCAGGAAAAGACAAACCUGGAUACAUGUGAGGCUAUACAACUUUUCUUUUUCCUUUUGCUUAAUAAGGGAUGGGGGGGGAAACCAAAUCUUCAUGGAUAGGCUAAGAGUCAGCUUGCAUAUAUGCUUUUGAAAAACUGAGGAAUUAAAAGGAAAUACGGGAUAAAUAAGAAGCCUGUUCUCUGCAACUGGAUCUUUACACAAACUUUGAAUUCAGUGAAAUCAAUCAGAAUCACUUUUAAAUAACUGUUUUCACCUGAUCCAGGAUGAUAUUGAGGCAAAGAAGAGUGAAGGCAGUUAUGUUAGCACUUCAAUGGAAGCAUAAAUGUACAUUGUCAUUUCUCAGCCUAAAGAAAUCUGAAAGAUUAUUUUUAAGGAAAGUGUUGCCAAUGGUAUUAUGAAUUCCUAGCCUAGCCUUUUCACAAAAUUAUAUUUCCAAGGUUUAUUUGAAGGGAAACAGGAAGCUAUUUGUAAUUCAAAGCUGUCACAAGCAGAGAGAUUCUCUAAAUUUUAAUUGCAAAUAUUAUUUACAUUUUAUGUAAAGGGACAGAUAGGGGUAUUAUUUGUUGAAUAAUAUUUGCAGUCAAAAAUUUAAGAAUCUCACAGCUUGUGACAGCUUUGCAUUAUUCCUCCCUACUUCCCUUCAAAGAACCCUAGAAAUCUUAUCUAUAAUGUUUAGUUUUAAAGUCAAGCAGAUCAAAAAGAAGCCGGGGGCUUACAUGUACAUUCUUUGGUAUGUAAGAACUGAAAAAUAAGGGUUGUCUGGCUAUUUCAGAUAAUUGCGGUCACUGGUCCAAUCAAGAUGUAUCAGUAAAGAAAUAAAAAUGGCAAGGGAAGUGUUUUGACCAAAUUUACGCUUCAUAAUGUCGUUUCCAUGAGACUACUGUAUGUGCAUGCUGCUCAUGACAAAAGAUCAGCAUUGUAUCUCUUAAGUAUAGUAUCUCAGUCUUUCUGAGAGAGAGUUGGACUCUUCUAUUAAAAGCAUUAGGCUUUUGAUACAAGCAAGAGGCAAUUUCUGCAAAAUAGAAGCAUAAGAACACACUGAAUCACGAAACCUGUACUUAAUGUAUAUGUAUUUGGUAAUGCAUAUGCCCUGCAAUAUUUUUUAAAGAAUAGGUUCUUCUCCUUCUGAGGCUUGCAUUUCAUAGAUUCUCAAACCCAACCAUGCACAAUGCUGUACAGCAAACAUUCAAUGUCCUAUAUGCAAGGUCAUGUAGAUAUUGUCUGUAUUAUUUCAUUAGAAAUGGCUGUCAUUUUCUGCUACUAUUCUUUGUUGGCAAUCCUAUUUAGUCUGAAUUUCUAUUUUAUCCAUGUAUGUGUGUUGUUCAUGCCAAUGCUUUUUCCUUUUUAAUACAUUUUUAUUUGUUCUUAAUAAGUUUUUGUACCUAAAUUAAAUAAUAAUAAGUUUUUAUACUAAGCAGUAAUAUGUGCAGGAAGAAUUUGAGUUGAACUUGUGUGGUAUUUUUUCAACAUUACAAGCCAUUUCAUUGCAGUGGCUCUGGUGAUUUCAUUUCCACAGCACUGCAAAAGCAUUUCAGAUUAUGGUUUGCUGAAAACAGAGUG